GGCAGUAGAUUGAAUCAUGCAUGCAGAGAAACGUACGUUGAAUGUGCAUGAAGAGAAACGAAACGAACUUCUAUCUUCUAUGCGCAUUAUGAACAUUCAUGUCAAGGAGAAUGUUUGUGAGAUCUUGGAAUUGGCUGGGAUUAAAGAGUCUGAUUUAAAUAUCAUGACACAAUCUCUAUAUUCCAUGCAAGAUCAUCAAGCCAAUGAUAUGAUAUUGUUGGAAGUAGACGAGGAGAUAUUAAAGGGAUUAAACCAGGGAGAUGCAAUAUCAUUUCGUGGUAAUAAACAUGACAAUGCUAUGCUAUGUACACAAAUUUGUACCUAUGAGGUCAGAGAGGCAGAGAUAUCCAAUUCGUGGUUGUUGGUACCAAACCUAAAGCUGGGUAAGACAACAGAUAUCGAAGAAGUUACAGAAAGAACUAUAGAAAGACAUAAUAUAAAGAAGAUAUUUAACUUAUACUACGAGGUGAAAGAAACCAAACCUGAUCUGAUAUAUUUAUCAAGUCUGCUUAAAUCUUCUUCUUUCAAUGGAUUGGAAUACGAAUCUACUAUAGAUCGAAAUGUAUUAUACAGUUGGGAAAGAUUACAAAAUGAGUUACAAGCUAGUGAUCAAGAGUUAAAACAGGCCCUAUCAGAUUUCUUAAUAGUUGAAAUAGAUGGUUAUUUGCGUCUCAUAUCAUUUGACAUAGAAGCAAGAAGCUUAGAUCUGAUAUUGGAUUAUUUUGAAAGACAGUCUUGGGAACUCGAUGAAGUAGAUAAAGAGAAUAUUUAUGAAUUUUUAAAGGAACUUAUUUAUGAACCAGUAUUUGAUGUAAUCUUGAAAAGGUUUAUCGAAGAAAAAUGUUGUGCAGUAAUAGCAAAAGUUCUUCUUGCUACUUCUCCUGUUACCGAAUAUAAAGAAUUCAUGAAAACGUGGAACAUUGGAACUCCUGAAAAAAUGCAACCAAGAGAAAGAUAUUUACAUGGAUCAGCCCUUAUAAUGUAUAACACUUCAAAAUUACAGAAAGAAGUCAUAUCUUGUCCAGAGGCAGACUUACCCAAUAACAUUCAUGAUAGACUUAAUGAACUUUUUGAAAUUAAAGCUAAAUGGACUGUUGAAGAGAUAACACCUUAUAUUAUUCGUUUUACAAAAAGUAUAAUGAAUGUUAAUGCACUUUUAACAAAGUAUGCCAGAUGUUCGACAAAAAAUGGAAUAAAAUAUUAUGGGUCAAAACAUGACAAGUGAUAUAGUGAUUACAUUUAUGCAUUUAAUCGUUUUAUAAUAAAUAUUGAUAUAUAUACGUUCUUGAUUUAUCAUAUUGAUGCUAGAACAAUAUUUCAGAAUUAUCUAUAAUGUUGAAACGAUAAGUGUAAU